GCGGCUUUGUAAAUAUUUGCUUCCUUCGUCUCCAGCUCCUCGCCGCUCUCUUCUUCUUUCCUUGUUACACAAAAAUCCACACUGCUCGCUCUUAUCUUAUCGGAGUCUUUCCUCAUUAUGCUCAUCCACCAUUGUUACCAAAGCUCGAUUGUUUCUCUUCUCUGUUCAACUAUCAUCGGAACUAUUCUCAUUCUUAGCAUCAUCAUCGUCGCCAACUGAUUUUUGAUUUACACCACCUCUCUCUCUCUCUCUCUCUCUCUGUUGACAUCAUAGGAUCACGGACUUUGUUGUCAGUUGGAAAGUUUUGGUAAAUUUUUCUUUGUUCCUUUUGUGUGUUUUCUCAAAGAUGGCUGCUUUGAAAGGUUAUGGUUUGUGUUCUGUGGACUCUGCUCUACAAUUCCCCUGCCCAAAGCGAUUCAAUGGCUACAAAAGAAGGAGCUCAAAAUGGGUCUCUCCAAAAGCAGCUGUUGUACCCAAUUUUCAUCUCCCUAUGCGCAGCUUGGAGGUUAAAAACAGGACAAAUACAGACGACAUUAAAGCUCUACGUGUGAUCACAGCAAUCAAAACACCGUAUCUACCUGACGGAAGAUUCGACCUUGAAGCCUACGAUGACUUAGUGAACAUUCAGAUACAAAACGGCGCUGCAGGUGUCAUUGUUGGUGGUACCACUGGUGAAGGACAGUUGAUGAGCUGGGACGAACACAUUAUGCUCAUAGGCCAUACUGUUAACUGUUUUGGUGGAAGCAUCAAAGUCAUUGGAAACACUGGAAGCAAUUCAACAAGAGAAGCUAUCCACGCUACUGAACAAGGGUUCGCUGUUGGAAUGCACGCCGCUCUCCACAUUAACCCUUACUAUGGCAAGACUUCGAUCGAGGGUCUAAUAGCACAUUUCCAAUCAGUUCUUCAUAUGGGACCGACGAUUAUAUACAAUGUUCCUGGACGAACAGGGCAGGAUAUACCUCCUCGUGCCAUCUUCAAACUUUCUCAGAAUCCUAAUUUGGCUGGUGUGAAGGAAUGUGUUGGGAACAAGCGUGUUGAAGAGUACACUGAGAACGGAGUUGUUGUGUGGAGUGGGAAUGAUGAUGAGUGUCAUGAUUCUAGAUGGGACUAUGGAGCAACCGGGGUUAUAUCUGUUACUAGUAACUUAGUUCCGGGUUUGAUGAGGAAAUUGAUGUUUGAAGGUAGGAACUCGUCUUUGAACUCAAAGCUUUUACCUUUAAUGGCUUGGCUAUUCCAUGAGCCAAACCCGAUUGGAGUUAACACUGCUUUGGCUCAGCUUGGAGUGUCGAGGCCUGUUUUCAGGUUACCGUACGUCCCAUUGCCUUUGUCGAAGAGGCUUGAGUUUGUGAAACUGGUGAAGGAGAUUGGACGAGAGCAUUUUGUGGGUGAGAAAGAUGUGCAGGCUCUUGAUGACGAUGAUUUCAUCCUUAUCGCUCGAUAUUAGCAUACUUUACUUUUUUCGGAUCUUUGUUAAUUUUGUUUGGUAUUAAAUGAAGAAGAGAUGGUGGUUAUACUAUCAUUUGGUUUUAUAUAGCUGAUGAGUGAAACUCAUGGAAUGAUUUCAUCAUAUUUCUGAUCUUGUUUUGGUC